AAGCACAGACUUCAGGGCAUGCGCACUGCCUAUGUACGUUUGCAGAAGAUGUAGGGUUUCCGGUUGGAGGGAAGGAAAACAUGUUUUGAAUGAAGUUUAAACAUCGGGGUGGUCCAGAGUCCAAAGUCCAGUCCUUCAGUAGCACUGGAGCUGAGCGCAUGCUGGUUGGACAUAUCUGUGUGUGAACUUCAGCUGGAUCAAGUCACUUCAAACACCAACAAAAAAAACAACAACAAUGCACUGGACUGAAAUGGAUAGAGAUGAGCUGGAGCGGCAGCUGUCACCGAGUCGGUGGUCGCACAGGAUGUCCGCAGACGACGUGGUCAAGGCCCACGUGAAUGCACUGAAGGAAGGUACGGAGCGAGCCCGUGCUCUGGCUCAAACUUUACUCAACGUGCCAUAUGGGGAGGGAGAUGGAGAGAAACUGGACGUCUACAUACCCAGGACCGACUCUUUGGAUGUCCCACUUGUGAUUUACAUACAUGGUGGAUACUGGCAGUUUCUCAGCAAGGAGGAAUCGGGAUUUAUGGCCGUUCCGCUCGUCGAUAAAGGUGUGGUGGUGGUUGCUGUCGGCUACGACAUCGCCCCCAAAGGUAACAUGGACUUGAUGGUGUCUCAAGUACGCAGGAGUGUUGUGUCUGUUGUUCAACAGUAUUCUCACAUCAGUGGUCUGUACCUGUGUGGACACUCUGCCGGGGCUCACCUGGCUGCAAUGGUCCUCUCCACUGACUGGUCACAGUACAGCAUCGCUCCACAGAUCAAAGGGGCUUUCCUGGUCAGUGGCUUAUAUGACCUGCUGCCCAUCCAGUCCACAUAUAUCAAUGAGCCUCUGAAGAUGACAGAAGAGGUGGCGAUCAGGAACAGCCCGAGGACGCUGGUCCCUCAGCUCAAACUCUCCUCCUCCGGUUUCCACGUUGUUGUGGCCGUUGCCGAGAAUGACUCGCAAGAGUUUCGUAAGCAGUCACAAGAGUACUACAAAGCUUUAGAGGCGUCAGGACUGAAUGUGACUAUGGAGGACGUGCCAAACACGGACCACUUCAAUAUCAUCGAGCAGCUGGUAGAUGGAGAUUAUCACCUAACAAAGCUUCUCUUGAAGAUGAUGGGGAGGAGCUGAGGUGUCUGUUUCGUCAUCUAAUCUCGAGUCAACACACAAAUUUACAAUUUCGGAUUGUUUUCAACAUCUAGUUUGCCGUAUCCUCAUUUGAUUUGAUCUCUGUUCUCUGUUGUUACUUUUCUUGUCCUAAGUAAAAUUACAUGUUACAACCACA